AUGCCAGCACACACCUCCAAGCGGCGGGCCUGUCAGGUGAGUCAUUCAUCCACAUGUCAGUCUGCGUGAUGGAUGCCGAACGAACGACACAUUGGGGUGGGGAUGGGCAGGUGCCGACCAGUGCGUGUGUAGUAGUAGUAGUGUUUAAAGUAAGGAUUGAAAGGUGGCCCCAUGGCAGACCCUCCCGACAGUAAGUUGACCUCAAAUAUGACUCCUCUCUUUUUGUUGUGAUCCCUCACCUCGGGGAAUCGCCUUGUUUUCUGCAGAAAAAACACACGCUUGGCUUCAAAUGGCGAUUUUUUGACCCCUGUGGUGACCCCUACGAGGCUUUCUGACCCUGGUCGUCGAUUUUAG